AUGAGUUCAGAUGCAGAGAUGGCAAUCUUUGGAGAAGCUGCUCCAUAUUUACGGAAGUCUGAGAAGGAGAGAAUUGAAGCCCAGAAUCGCCCAUUUGACUCUAAGGCAGCCUGUUUUGUAGUGGAUGAAAAGCAAAUGUAUGUGAAAGGUACCAUACAGAGUAGAGAAGGUGGUAAAGUCACAGUUAAAACAUGUGAUGAUACAACUGUGACUGUAAAGGAUGAUGAAGUUUUUCCCAUGAAUCCUCCCAAAUUUGAUAAAAUUGAGGACAUGGCCAUGAUGACCCACCUCCAUGAACCCGCUGUGCUGUACAACCUCAAAGAGCGUUAUGCAGCCUGGAUGAUCUAUACGUACUCAGGUCUCUUCUGUGUCACUGUCAACCCCUACAAGUGGCUGCCAGUGUACAACCCGGAGGUGGUGGCUGGCUACCGAGGCAAGAAGCGCCAGGAGGCCCCUCCACACAUCUUCUCCAUCUCUGACAAUGCCUAUCAGUUCAUGCUGACUGAUCGUACCAACCAGUCAAUCCUUAUCACUGGAGAAUCUGGUGCAGGGAAGACUGUGAACACAAAGCGUGUCAUCCAGUACUUUGCAACAAUUGCAGUUACUGGUGAGAAGAAGAAAGAACAACAGCCUGGCAAAAUGCAGGGAACUCUGGAGGAUCAGAUCAUCCAGGCCAACCCGCUGCUGGAGGCCUUUGGCAAUGCCAAGACUGUGAGGAAUGACAACUCCUCACGCUUUGGAAAAUUCAUCCGUAUUCACUUUGGAACAACUGGCAAGCUGGCCUCUGCUGACAUCGAAACCUAUCUUCUGGAGAAAUCCAGAGUGACUUUCCAGCUGGCCAGUGAAAGGAGCUAUCACAUUUUUUACCAGAUAAUGUCAAACAAGAAGCCGGAGCUCAUUGAUCUCCUCCUCAUCUCCACCAACCCC